AACGCUUCUCUUAUGUGAGUGUGGGCCAGUCGAUCAUGUUGAGGAGGCAUUGUUCCCAGUGGUCAGUGACGAUUACGUGAGGUUCAACGUUAACGUCCCCCUCCUGUAUACUUGAGGACUGCCUGGUUGGAUCGUCUCCGCGGUGAGCACGCGGGUUUCCUUAACCAUAGAGCAAGGGACAGAUUUGCUCUAUGCCUUAACCCAGCAGUCAUGUACUGCAAUCACUCCGUGGCGUAACUCGCACCCAUUGUUUUGGGGCAAGGGGUGGUACUGGUACGCAGCUCCGCAAAGUCAUCUAGUUCUUCCACUGUUCAUCUACCCAAUAUCUUUUUCUGCGUAUCACAUUCACACAAAAUUGAACCAUGGAGGACAAACCUACUAAUGGCUCUGCCGGUCAGGUGUCGGAAGCCAACGGGGCCGAUCACGCACAGGAGCCCGAUCAUCGGAAGGACGCAGAUGCCUCCUCCUCGUUGAAUGAGGAAGAUGAUGGCAGCAAAGUCAAGCUGCAGAGGCAGAUCUCGCUGCUGAGUGGUGUAGCUAUCAAUGUGGGCACCAUCAUCGGAUCAGGGAUCUUUGUGUCCCCGAAAGGUGUUCUCCUAGGAGUGAGUUCCGUCGGAAUGACCCUAGUGGUAUGGGUCCUGUGCGGUAUCAUUUCCCUCUUGGGAGCGCUCUGCUUUGCCGAGCUGGGCACCAUGCUGCCCUCCUCAGGGGGCUUCUACUUCUACCUGCGGUCCAUCUACGGCGAGUUUGCGGCCUUCCUGUACCUCUGGGUCUCCCUGAUCAUGCAGGUGCCGGCCUCCUGUGCCGUGGUGGCCAUCACCUUUGGCCGAUAUGCUGUCCAGCCAUUCUUCCCAUCGGCAGACUGCGGGCCUCCCAUCAUUGCUAUUCAGCUUCUGGCUCUGAACUCAGUGUUGCUGUGUGGCUUCUUCAACAUAUUCAGCGUUCGCUUAACGACCACCGUGCAGAACGUCUUCACUGUGUUCAAGAUGCUAGCGUUGACCAUUAUCAUAGUUAUGGGUUGUGUGCAGCUGUUCAGAGGGGAAACGGCAAGUUUUGAAAAUUCAUUUGAAGGAACAACAUACACUGGGCUUGGUAAUGCUCUGUAUUCUGGUUUGUUCUCAUAUGCAGGCUGGUACAACUUGAACAACGUUGUUGAGGAACUGCGAAAUCCAUACAAGAAUCUACCUCGUGCUAUCUACAUCACCAUGGCCAUUGUGACUGUCUUCUACGUACUGGCCAACGUUGCCUACUUCACGGCCAUGUCGCCUACGGAACUACUGGCGUCUGAUGCUGUUGCUGUGACAUUUGGUAUCAAGUUGCUUGGGGUUGUUGCAUGGUGUAUGCCGAUUUUCGUCGCCAUGUCGACGUUUGGUUCAAACAAUGGAAGUCUGCUUGGCCUUUCUAGAAUGUUCUUUGUGGGGGCAAGAGACAGACAGUUGCCAAAUUUCCUUGCCAUGAUUGACAUCAAGAGGAAAACACCAAUGCCCGCCUUGCUGCUUGUGACAUUCCUGACGUGUGUGUACGUGUUUGCCAGGGACGUAUACACACUCAUCAACUACUUCAACUUUGUACUGUGGACCUCUGCCGGGGCUAUCUCAGCUGGGCUAGUCUAUUUGCGCUGGAAGCAACCAGACAUGCCAAGGCCGUACAAGAUUAACAUCUGCCUUCCCAUCUUCUUCACCUUGGCCUCCGCUGCUCUGGUGAUCCUAGGCACUGUCUCAGCUCCCAUGGACACCCUGAUAGGCAUAGCCAUCACGCUCACCGGCAUUCCCUUCUACUUUAUCUUGGUCAGACCGGCCAAGAUACCAGCUAUCCUCCACAAAGUUGACGUUGCCGUCACUCAUUGGUGCCAGAAGCUGUUCUUAGUGACCAGCGAGGAGGGGAAGAAGGCAAAAAACAAGGCAACCAGUGGGGAUUCGACCAACGAAGAUAAAGAGUUAUGAAACAAUAUGGAGUGGAAAAUGUCACGCACAAAUCCAAAAUGGAACCACUGGAUCACCACAUAUCGGCUGGGUUGGUUCGACAAGUAUUCCAGGAAACUGCAUGCUUGUUGCAUGGUUUUAUAAUGUAUUUGGACAUUGUCCUGAAAAAAAAA